UGCAAGGGCUCUAACUUAUAUUGGUGCCGCUAUUUUAUGGGCCCUCAUCCCGUGGGCCAAUCACGCGGAAACCUUCAAUGGUCAGUUUCUGCUGAGGGUCUCUAGCACCUAGCUCUGACAAUUGAGAUCAGGCUGAUAGCCGCUCUCAGGUUUCUCUCUGUUUAUAGUAAAGUGAAUUUGUUGGACUUGUCAUAAAAUAUAUUUUUGUUUUAAAUAUGGAGAAAAAUAUUACCAAAAUAGUAGAUGUAUCAUGGAGAUUUGGAGUGAUUGCAGCAAGUACAUAUUCUGACGAAGAGACAAGAUCAUAUCUGCAACUUCAAUUAUAUCUUGAAAAUAAUGGGAAAAUCAAGAACGUGUUUACUGAAAUGACAAUAGCGCAGUUUUACAGAUUUCUAUAUGACUUAGAAAAGGCGGAACUUGAUCUUAAAUAAUUGUCGUGAUCAAAUCGAUAUAUCAAGUUUAUUCUAUCGUGUUCAAUAAAAACUUUAUUAUUCUCCAUCCAAUCUCUCUUUAGAUAUAUUUCAUAAAAUUUCAUCACAUUAUAUGUUACAAAAUAAUUGGAAUAUCUAAAUGUUAUAAACUAUACAACUUCUCAUAAUAAAUUAUUUUAUUAUUA